CGAUAGUGCCAUCGAUAGUUCUGGCUGCUCUAGUUGCGAAAACACAGACGUAAGAUAAAAGAAAAACAGACGAAGAGGGAAUACGGGAAAUACGCGGGAAGAGCAGUCAGAACGCCAAAAUUUUCACGCGCAACGAUUAACGAGAAUAAACAGCCUCACCAUUGAUCAAUUCCUGCAACUGCAAGAGCGGAUCCGUAACUUCGAGGGCAUGCUUGGCGGCGGCAGCGGGGAGCGUCUGUGCACGCCAAGCACUUCGGCCGGCCCAUUCCGCAUCUUUUCCGUGGCCGGAUUCCAGAACCGGGCCAAUGACAUCGUCUACUGCCCGCCAAUUGUGCGCCAGCACUCGGUGCACGUGCCGGAGGACUCCACGGCCAUAAUCUACUUUGGUGGGGACGUCCAGGACUUCCCGGAGAGCAUGGAGACGAACCGCGACAGCCGGGGCUACAUGAAAUACAACCUCGAAAACUCGGCUAUCCUCCUGCGCGAGGCCUUUCCCCGGUCACACAUAAUCGUCAUCCGGCCCGUGCGCAUGGAGUUUAAGACCUUUAGUUGCUUUGACAACUUUGUGAGGGGCAACAACGCAGGAGUUCCAGAUCACACGCCCAUGAAUCAUGCCCUCCAGCACUUAGAAAAACUGCUUCAGAAUCUAUCGCAGCGCCUGAUCUCCAUACCAGAGAACGAAAUCCUGGAUCAGGCCGCCCAGGCAGCGGCAGCUGCUGCGGCAGUGGCUGCUGCUGCCGCGGCCGCAGCUCUAACACUAUCCAAUGCCACGGUCACCUCGGAGUCCAACUCACAAUCGGCACCGGCCAACGACAGCAGCCAGGAGAUGGACAUUGACAUACUGCAGGUGCAGGAGAAUAUCACAGUCGACGCGGAUGGGGCAGUAAUAUUUCCCAUAGUGGGCAAUGAAGUUCCAGAGGCAGUGAACAAUGUGUCCGGGAAUAAUGGCAACAUCGGCGGUGGCGGCAACGAAGAUAGUGUGAACAACCACCAAGAGCAAGUGAACAACCAGCAGCUGCAACAGCAGCAGCAAACGCCGGCGGCCAUAAAAAUGACUUCUCCUACUACGGCGAUAAAUCCCACCAACAAUGUGGAGCACUACAACAACGAUUGUGGUACGAGGCAGGCUCCUGCUGCCACUGCAACAACAGCCUCGGCCAUGGGCACCUCCACAUGCACGGCAACCAGCGACAGCAAUCCGCUUUGGUGGCGGGAGAACCUCAAUCUGGACAAAUCCAAGCUGGUGCUGAUUGGCUUUAGCAAGGGCUGCGUCGUGCUCAAUCAAUUCAUCUACGAGUUUCACUAUCUGAAAACUCUUACGCCCGACGACAGCAGCAUGUGCCGCCUUCUCUCCCGAAUUUCAGACAUGUACUGGCUGGAUGGCGGCCACGGGGGCCAAAAGAACACAUGGAUCACAUCCCGAAGUUUGCUGGAAACACUAACGCGAAUGGCAGGCAUGAACAUCCAUGUGCACCUGACGCCCUAUCAGGUGCAGGAUGAUCGUCGCCCCUGGAUUAGAAAGGAGGAAAAGCUAUUCACGGAGAUGCUACGGAGGCUGAAUGCGCCGAUCACCCGGCACUUACACUACGACAACCAGCCGGCGAAUCUGAUGACCCACUUCGAGGUGCUUCAGGCCUUUUGCCAGCACGUGCAUGCGCUCAACCAGCAGCAACAGCAAAUCCAGCAGCAGCAGGGAGCCGGAAACAGUGAGCAGUCUUCGGCGGCGGUGGCCGCCACCAACAAUGGUAGCAACAAUCUGUUGGAAGCCGGCGAGGAGGCAAAGUGA